UAUAUAAAACAGAUACAAAAGUAAUGUUCUAAUUAUCCUAAGAUGCAGACAGUUUGAAAUAAAUGAGAUUAGAAGCAAGAUUACUGUUAUUUAUGUUUUCGGGUUGAUUUGGAAAUAUAACGACGGUCCCUUAGAAUUUACGAAACAUUGACGCGGGAAUCUUUCCUGAAAUUCGAGUGUGUUUUUAGCACAUAUAGAAGAAGAAUAAUCAAUAAAAAAAAACAAAACAUCCAGCUCGUUACGUUUCCAGCUCUGUUUGUGGAAUACCCUCUGUCCUGUACCUGCCAACAGUAGCUGAGGAUGAUGCGCAAAAAGAAAAGAUCAUCAUCUGUUUCAGUUGAUGAAGAUCCAGCCUCACGGGAUGUGCCCAAAUCGAAGAAAAGCAAGUCAACUGGACGGCCAGCCAAAUCCCUUUCUGCUAGCGUUCCUGAUUCUGUAUUUGGUCACAUGCUUCAGGAAUCAGGUGUCAUCUUGAGGCAAGGCAACAUGGCCAACGAAAUCGCCGUGGAUCAAGUUGUGUUUCAGAAGAGACUACAGCAGCGUUUGAGAAAGAAUCCCAGAUAUCCCAAUAUCAUUCAGGAGUUUAUAUCUGGCUUGGAAUCACACAUUGAAGACCCUGAGAGAUUUAGGAACUGCCUGCUUCCAUGUGUGCCACGUUGUGCAGGCGAGGGAGACACCAGUUCAAGCUCGUUUCAGGAGAGCCUGAUGCGGAUGCUUCUGGGUGUUGAGAUGCUACAGACCCUGGUCAUAAACACUUUGUUUGAGAAGCUUCCCGAGUUCAUGUUUGAGGGUGUUGGAGAGGAUGGUCUGAAUAUUCCACACCUCAUCAUUAAUCAGCUGAAGUGGCUUGAUCGAGUUGUGGAUUGCAAGGAUUUGGGCAGUAAGCUGAUGCAGCUCGUGUCUGUAGCUCCUGUCGAGAUCCAGCGUGACAUCAUCACCAGUUUACCUGAAAUACUGGAGGACUCGCAGCAUGGAGACAUGGCCAGGGAGCUCAAUGCCUUACUCCAGCAGAACACCCAGCUGACUGCACCCAUCCUGGAUGCUCUGUCCAGCCUCAACCUCAGCUCCGAAUUACUGUCUGAGGUCCGUGGUGCUGUUAUGGCGACAGUCGCCGCAGUGCAGCUGGAGGAUCUCCCUGUUGUAGUGAAGUUCAUCUUACACUCCAUCUCUGCUUCUGACGCUAAUGAGGUGGUGUGUGAUUUACGCAGGAAGCUGGAGUUGGAGCAGUGUGUGUUGUCAUCAGUGCUACAGGCCUCUCAGAGCCGUGAAAAGAGCAAAAAGGAAAGAGGGUCCUCCAGUGUCCCAGCAUGCAGCAGUAAGGACAGCGUGGCUCUGGUCCUGGAGGUCAUUAAGUCGGCUGUACGUUUUCAGAAGACCAUCUCUGAGGCCUGGCUCAAGGCUAUAGAGAGUGUCACUGAGCCAGAAGAUCACAAGGUGGUUGAUGUGUUGGUUUUGCUUAUUCUUCACUCCACUAACGCUAACCAGAGUAGACGUGGGGCGGAGAGAGUGCUGAAGGCUAAAGUGCGCGGCGGCCUUAUUCAUGAAGCACUACUGAAUAAGACGUUUAGGGACUACGCUCAGGUGAUGCGUGGGUAUUUUCCCAGCAUUCUUUCCUUGGCACAGGGACUGCUGCGUUCUACAGACUGCUGUGUAGUGCCAUUUGGAGGACACAUUUACAAACAAGCCUUCACUGCCUUUGACUCCUACUGCCAACAGGAAGUGGUGGGCUCCCUGGUCACACACGUGUGCAGUGGCGUGAGUGGAGAGGUGGACGUGGCACUGGAGCUGCUGUGUGAGUUGGUAUCCCAGAAGCCCACAGAGAUGGCACAGUACGCUGUCUUUGUUAAGGGAAUUCUGGACUACAUGGACAACUUGAGUUUUCAGCAGAUCCGCCGUCUUUUCCAUGUGCUCAGCUGUUUGGCAUUUGGACAGGACCAACAUGGCAGCCAUAUUCAGGACGACAUGCACAUAGUGAUCCGAAAGCAGUUGUCCAGUACGGUGCCUAAAUACAAACGCAUUGGCAUCAUUGGUGCCGUUAUGAUGGUGGGGAGUAUGGCAGCACGAAGAGACAGACCUGAAGGCUCUCAGGGAGGUACACUGCCCAAAGACACACAUCGACAGGUGGUGGCACUUCUGGAGUUGGUGCGGUCGUGCAGUGAAGGCUCGGCCGAGGCCGCUGCGCUGUACUAUGAUGAACUGGCCAACCUGUUGCACAACCACAGACUGGACCCGCUGGUGCAGACAUGGAUUGGCAAGGGCGUGCUGGAGGAUUUCCAGGAGGACUUUGUCGUGGACCUAGGACCUGAGAUACCUGGCUCAUUUCCAUUCACUGCCUCAGCUAUGUACAAUCUGGAUGAAGACGAGAGUCAGGGAGGAAUUGCCAUUAACCUGCUGCCUCUAAUGGCUAAGGAUCUGCUGCACAAAGCAGACAGCAGCAGGGACGGCAGGCAUGUAUCUCCUCUGUGUCUGUCUUCGUUCUUCAGACUGCUGAGGCUGUGUGAGGAGGAGGAGCACCAGGGUGAUCUGGAGGAGAUUGAUGCUCUUCUAGGCUGUCCUCUGAUCCUGACAGAUAUGGAGGUGGUAGAGAAGGUUGAGAGUCUGUCUAAGGCAGAGCGAGAGUUCCUCUGCUCUCUACUCUUUUACACCAUCAACUGGUUCAGAGAGGUAGUAAAUGCAUUUUGCAAGCUGAAAGACCCUGAGAUGAAGAUGAAAGUUAUAACUCGUCUUCAGAACAUCACUUACCUGCAGACACUGUUGGAGACAUGCUUGGCAGCCAGCCCUGGAUUCAUUCCUCCUCUAGCUAACUUUGACUGUGAGAGUGCAGAAGUUUUGGCACCUGCUACAUCUGUUGGUCCUGCCAAGAAAGCAAAGAAAGGGAAGAAGAGUAAAGCGUCGGCCAGUAAGAACUCUUCAGCAGACGGCUCGCUAUUGGAGGAGGCUGCUGAAGCUGAUGAAACUCAGGCACAGGACCACCCAGAGAAGGAGGUCAAAGCAGGGGUGAGUCUAUCCUCAUACUGGCCGUACUUCAGGGAGUUGGACAUGGAGGUUCUGAACGUCUUGCAGUGUGGCCUGCUCUCCCGAUCAGUGCUGGACACCGAGCUCCAUAGCAAGGUGAGAGAGGAGGUACAGCUGGGUCCUGCUGAGUUGGUGUUUCUGCUGGAGGACAUGUGGCGUAAACUGGAUUUCAGUCUGGCUGCUGCUCCAGCCAAAAAAGCCCCAUUUCUCAAAGUGAAGGCAGACAGGUCAGUGGGAUUCUCUCACCUGCAGCAGAAAAGCUCCAAAGAUGUUGCCAGCUGUUGUGUUGAACUGCUAGCAACGUUGUGCACACACCUGGAGAACUGUCACAACCAUUUUCAGACCCUCCUGAAUGAAAACCAAGGAGUGGUGGAUGCUCUAGGUGUGGAUACGAAUGUACAGCAGCUUAUGUGCUCAGCUUAUCAGCGCCUGUUGCAGGUCUUACACACAGCAUUUAGCUGGUCUGGCUUCUCCCAGCUGGAACAGAGGCCGCUGUUAAAGAGUGCUCUCAGUGUGCUUGCCAGCCGACUGAAGGAGAAAGAUGCAGACCAAACCCUGGAGCAGCUUAUAAAACACAGUUUUGAGUACCUGCUGAAUUUCCGGAGCACUGUGCCCAGCUUAAGCACGGCUCUGAUCCUGACGCAGCUGCUCAUUGUGCUCAGUCAGUAUGGAAGAUCCAGCCAGAGCUUCUACAGGGAACACACCGCGUCCCUGGCUAAGCAUUUCCUGUGUCAGGAGUGGGUGACAGGAAGUGGAGGGAGGGAACGUGGGAACAAACACAACGAUGCACUCCAGAGUCUCCUCAGUAUCUAUCUAGGACACGCUGAUGAUGUGCUGAAAGCAGUGGAAGAGAUAACAGAAGAUGGGAUUUCAGAGCUGAUAAAUGCUGCUAAAGAUGCCAGCUCUCGCAGCUGGCGCACGCUCAACAGGCAGACUUUCUUGGUGUAUUUUAAAGUUAUGAUGGCAGAGCUGGAGAAGUGUGUACGAAAGAUACCUCCUGGGAAACAGACAGACAGCAGAGAGGUUCAGAGUGAGAAACUUCUAGUGUGGAACUUGGCUGUCCGGGACUUUCAUAUUCUCAUUAACAUGGUCAAGGUUUUUGACAGCAGAGCAGUGCUCAGUGUGUGUUUAAAGUAUGGCCGGCUUUUUCUCGAGUGCUUCCUUAAGCUUGGAAUGCCUCUCCUUGACUACAGCUUUAAAAAACACAAGGAGGAUGUUCAGAGUUUACUGAAGACCUUUCAGCUCAGCACCAGGCAGCUCCAUCACAUGUGUGGCCACUCAAAGAUCCGGCAGGACACAGCCCUAACCAACCAUGUGCCAGCGCUGAAGAAGCACCUUGAGCAGUUUGUGUAUCGUGUUAAGGCAAUGCUCACUCUUAACCAAUGCCAGGAGGCGUUCUGGCUGGGCAAUCUGAAGAACAGGGAUCUGAAGGGUGAAGAGAUUCUCUCACAACGCUCACAAGAAAGUGAUGACGAGGAUGAAGAGUCUUCUCAGCUACAAGAGGGGAACGAGGACGAGGAAAGUGAUGCUGAGGUGAAGGAAAAUGGGCACCAGGAUGCAGAGGAAGUGGAAGAGGAGGACUCAGAUGUGUCAGACUGAUGAGCAGCAAACAACAACUAGUUUUAUACUUUUAUAUCCAUUUACAGUCAAACUUACAUCUACAGACCUAAAGCUCCUUAAAUUCAAUAUCCCAUCAUUUUGAUUUUUCAGCUUGAUAAACUUGUUUUUUAUACAAGACUAAAAAAACAUCUGGGUCAGAAUCUAAACACCUUUCACCCAUAUCGUUAAAACAGGUUUGUAAGAAAAAUGCUUUCACUUUUAAUACUCAAGUGUUUUCCUUGUUUGCUGUUAUCAGUUUUUUUUCCUGUUUGAUUACAUUAUUGAGGUGUGUGUGUGUGUAUGUAUGUAUAUGUAUAUGUAUAUUAAUUUGCCAAUAAAAUGUUGCGUCAUGGA